AUGAGUUGUGUGCCCUAUAAGAGAAGUGACAAGGAUUGCCAUGAAGCCUUUAGUUACUUUGGGAUGUUCAACGUUACGAAUUCAGAUACACAUGACUGCGUAGUGCUUCCUAGCCGGCCAAUUUGUACAUUUCUUACCGAGUCGAGGUUUGGCCCAACAGAAAGAGUUUCUGUGACAUGUUGGAGAGACCUGUGCGACAAGUCAUCACCAGUCUUUCUCGGCUGUGCGGAUCCCAGGUUUGGAAUCGUACAGAACGAGAACGAUUGGCGCCAAUUUCACAGCGUGGAGGAAUUGGAGCAAGAGUUACCUGAGAUUGUAUCUCGAACUUCAAUAAAUGGUUUUAACUUUUGUUUACUGAAGUGCAAGGAGAGGAAUAAAAGUGUCAAACAAGCUCUAAUAUUCCCGCCAAUUUUAAAACGUGCGACGACGAAAACAGAUCAUGCAAAGAGAAAGAUAAACAUUAAUAUUGUACUUGAGGAUUCAGUUUCUCGGUCACACUUUUACAGAUCCAUGCCUCGCUCGGUCCAGUCUCUUCGUGAUAUUGCAAAAGAUUCUAGUUUCAAGGCCAGUGUGCUGGAUUUUGAGCUCGUUCAAAGCUUUACCUCCAACACUCUUGUGAACACCCAGUUUUUGAUGGCGGGCAAAUCACUAGAGUAUAAAUCAGGAAGAACAAACAAUAUAAACAUACUCGCGGAGAAGUUUAAACGAUUUGGAUACCAAAUUUUAAUGCAGGAAGACUUGUGUUGGUACGAUGGGUGGGGAAGUUUUCUCUCCCCUUCUUACAAGAAAAACAUCGAACCUUUCACAGAGGGAUUCAAGCAAGUUUUUGAAAACUACAAACAAGAAACCAAUCCUUAUUUAGACAAUGUGGGUCUCAGUUAUCUCUCUUGUGAGAUCCUAAAGGAUCUUGGAUUUACGAAUCCUUUCGGGCGUAAAAAACGCGACAACACUCCUUGCUGGGAUGGCAGAUCACUGAGUGAAUAUCUUCUAUCUUACGUUCGAAGAUUUCUGUCAUUAAUAGAUCAAAAUCGUGCGGCUGCUCCAGGAUUAACUUAUACUCAUCUUAACACAGAACACGAACCCUCUGGAAAGCGCAUUCGAAACGACGAUCGAUUUUUGUCAAGAUUUCUGGAAGAAAUGGCGAGAAGCGAAAAUACUUUGACAAUCAUUAUCUCAGAUCAUGGAGGUAAGACAACAGAUUAUGCUAUCCAAACACUGCAAGGAAGUUUAGAGGUUUAUAGCCCAAUGCUUUUUAUGAUCAUUCCACAUAAAGUAGCACAACGCUUGGGCAAAGAUAGACUGAACGCUCUUAUUGAAAACCAAAAACGCUUAGUCACCGUGUCGGAUUUACACUACACAAUUACUUCUGUCGCAGAGCUGACAGAAAGUGGUGCCGCGGUCAGUCAGGCUAGUGGCUUACUGAGACCAGUGUCUGCUACUCGCACUUGCACAGAUAUACAAGGUCUUCCUUCGGAAGUGAUGUGUCGUUGCGAAGGUUGGACAAAGUUCCUGAGUGCAAAUUCAGUGGAUAUUUUAUGGCUAGCAGAGUUUGCCGUUGGACAUAUUAAUAAUUUAGUGCAGAAACAACAUUUAGCCGGUAAAUCAGAAAACAAAAACUUAAGUGGAUACGGAAAUUGCGCCAGAUUUGUUGGAAAAGCUAUUGAGCGGCCAAGGCAGGAGAUAGCGGGCAAAUAUUACAUCACAACAAUGAUUUUAGUUGUUGAGCCAGUCUAUGGUAUUAAAUCAAAAGAACGCUUCGAAGUUCAGCUUCGGCACUCAAGCAUUCGAGAACACAGAAUCACCUUCAUUAAAUACACACGACUAAGCUUUUAUAGUAAAUAUGAAAAUUGCGCAGACAGGGGCGUUGACGUGAAACUUUGCGCCUGUGCGACUCCGCGCCGAGGAUCGCAUCAAUUAUCAGUGGAGAAACUGAUCCGCUCUCGCCAUUGUGUAGAUUACGGACUGAAGAGUAGUACGCGAUCACUGGACUCUAAAUGUUUGUUGGUGACUAUACGGAGCCUAAAGAAAUAUGUCGUGUCUAAAAGGCAGACUCGCUUGAUGAGCAUUGAAGUUGCAAAUGUGUGCAAGGACAUUUCGAUGAAAGUUAAGUUGGGGGGAAUUCACAGGAAAACAAAAUUUUCCCAAACAUUACCGUUAUCUUUAGUCGUUAAGCCAAGGACAAUACAUUAUGUGCUGUCAGUACUCAAUGAGUGGAGGUAUGGUUUUUUUAGACCAGCUUUCAUGCACGUGCCCAUUAGCCAGACCGCGGGUGGUGAUUUUUCAAGAAGAAAGCGUGACAUACUAGAGUUUACGUGA